CCACACCAUCAUGGCCGUGAACACCGACUUCUCUACCUGGGUCGAGGUUCGCCAGAUCGACCUCGACGCCUACAACAGCUAUGGCGAGAAUGACAAGUUCCCUGAUGAUCUGGAACAAGUUUCCGACGACGAAUUCCUCGCCGCCCUGACCAAGACCAUGAACGAACCUUCGCAGACUGCCCAUCUGGCACACUUUAACUGCGGUCGCGUCGAGUUCAUCGGCAAGCCGCCCUACAACUUCGCCCUGUUCAAGGGCCUAAACCCUGACCGUAACGACAAGUAUGUCUACGGACAUCCCAAGUACCGCUACCAUAGGAGCAUGAAGAGCUUCUGUGAGCACGUGGUGUGGAUUGUCCUAGAGGAUGUCGCCCAAUGCGCCUGUCAUCCCUGCAUCGAGACAUACUGCUACAUGUAAUCGCCUAUACCGAGAAGAAAAUUGGUGGGCUUAUAGAGCAUGCGCACCAACCAAGUUGAUGAGGAGGAAGAUAAGGAGUAGAGGACAAUAAGGCAAUACACAACUGCUAGCACAAUCAAACCCAUUGCUCCGU